UAUUAACGGCUCGGCGAACUGCACACUGACGUCCCUGGCUGGUGCAACUCGUGUGUCGUAUAAUACUGUAUCGUCGUGUUUAUAGUUUGGAUCUACAGGUUUCUGUCUGCACUUAGCGAUUGUCAUUUAGAUCUGCACAAUGUCGACGCAAUACGAGAAAUGUGAGACCCGUGAGGUGGUGAUCACCCAGCCAGGCUCUACAGUAGUCCAGGUGACAAGCAUGGUGUCCAAUCCACUGAUGCCACGUGGCAACCCACGUGACUGGAACACUGGCAUCUGCUCCUGCUUUGAGGAUAUUCCUAUCUGUCUUUGUGGCUUAUUCCUGGGCCCUUGUCACCAGUGCUGUAUUGCUACUGAUAUGGGGGAGAACUGUUGCGUACCUUGCUGUGUACCUAACUCACUCAUCACUAUGAGGACCCAGAUAAGAGGACGCCAUAACAUCCAGGGUUCUAUCCUGAGCGAUUGUUGUUUGUCUACAAUCCUGCAGCCGUGCGCACAGUGUCAGCUUGCACGCGAGGUGAAGUCAAUCAAGGCUGGCAAGGCUCAGGCCUAAACAACGCAACAAAUAACCACUCCAGAUAGUCGCACACGCAUCGCACACCUUACAAUCCGACUACGGUUUGAUUGUUAAAUUACAUUUAAAUGAUUUUUUUAAAAUAUUAAUUACAUAUACGAUAUGAACAUGUUAACUGGUACAUAAAUUCUGACUGAGAUAAUUAAUUAUUAUGUGAAGAAAACUAUUUAUAUUGCUAGAGAACAAUGAAUUGCACAAGUAACUAUUUUAUUAAUAUAUCAUAAGGUAGCACAAACAUGUGGAGUAACGUGUGCAGCACAUUGUAACUGCAAGGACACUUGGAUUAGAUUACAUUGAAGUGGAUAUUGACAGUGUGGGAUAAUGUAAAGCAUCUUAGUGGGAGAAAGGACCGAUUGGCUUCGAAUCGUAGUGGAAUCUUGCCAUUCGCCCGACCAUUCACCGACUGGUAGCGAAGCUGGCUAUUUCUCCUUCUUAGUUUCGGGACCUCACUAUUGAUUAAUCAUUGUCUUUUAAGAAGAAAUGUCAACAGUUUAAAAUGCAUUCUCAGUCGGAUCGUAAGGUGUUAGUUCGUCGGUUAUAGGACUAUCUGCUGUGUAGAGGAAAACAAGAUGGAGGCGGACAAGAGUAGUAAUAGGCUAAACUUUAUCGAGUAACUUUCAAUAUUCAUAAUCUCUUUGUUAUAGUCAUUUUUAUACUAAAAGAUAUAUGAUGCAUAGGUACAUAGUGGCAAAUUAGUUUACAUCUCAAUCUCCUAAUAUGUAUAUAUCAGGAUGUGCAGUUUUUACAAUGAAGAGAAGACCAUCCUGAGCAUAAAGCGGGGUAAAUAGGUAAACGAGACAAUACUUAAAGAAAGGAAAUAAUGAAUUAAAGGAACCAGUGACUAAAAUAAUAUAUUUGUCAUUAAUUUGUAUCCAAGUGGUAUACAGAGUACAUAGUGAGAAAGCAAUAGUAUGUGUAAAGAUAAACAACAAACAGACAAACAAAUCUUAAUAAGUACAUAUCGAAGGAUUACAAAAAAGUAAACAGGUUUUCCAACGAUAAUAUUCAAUUCAAGUACAGUUAUAUAGAAACAGGGAAGAUUUCAAAGCUCUGGUUUGAAUCGUAGAUUUCUUUUAAAAAGGAUUUUACGACGCAUAUUUGGAUACAUAUAUCUUAAUACUAGCAAAAUUAUUUUGUCAGCAAGUUUGUAGAAAUAUUGUAAUUAACACUACUACGUUUUUAGUACUAAAGACAUAAUAAAUCACAUAUUAUCUAAUCACUUUAUUUGCUAUUGAGACUAGGUUUACAACAACACAACAUUUAACUGAUGUCAAGUUCAGAGCGUAGCAUGUAGUAUUUGUGUAUGGGUUUCUUUGCUAUUCUUGCGCUGAAGUAAUUGAUAUAAUGAAUGUAGCCCUCUUUUAAAGUUCUUGCCUUUCAUAUGUGUUUUAACAGUAGUUUCACACUUUUAAUAUUAUGUCUGAUAAUUUUGACGAUUUUAUUGAAAUAAGACGAUGAAGCUUGCUUUAUUAUUGGGAGGAGCGUAGUAUAGAAAUUGUGCUUUAGAAACCUUGUCAAUAUAAAGGGUCUUCAAUUACUUUACCUUUAGUCUAUGAAUUAUAUUUACCUGAAUAAUGGAAACCUGACAGUACCUGUAGUAUGAAGAUAUUUCUUGCAAAUUUGUUCACAUUUCGUAGAGGUGUCGUGGUCAAGUGCAUACGCCACCGGACUGUGGAUCAUAUCGUUCGGGGUUCGAAUUCCACCGCGGCUAUAAUGCCACUCUCCACCCAGGUGUUAACUCCCCAGAGAGCGGAGCACUAGCUCUAUCAUGUGUGGAUUAGAAAUCAAAUCAAACGACCGGGGUAAUGAUUAUUACAAUGCAAGGCGCUUAGAAACGUAGUAUUUAGCACCUUUUCUUUAGAUGCGACUACUAUUAUAAUAACAUAGCAGCCUGUAUAACAAAGCCAACAUUGUGGCUUUGAUCAUAGGAGAGCUAAGAGGCUCGUAAAUUUAUCAUCUAAGGGCUUACUUUUAAUAUGACGUGUUCAAGAAUAACUGAAUAUCAAUGUAAAUGUUAUCGUUGUCAAUGGUUCAUUCGCAGUUAUUAACAAUUUUCACUUUGUGUACGUAUUGUCAACGAUUCUUCAUGAUUUCACAUGACUUGUACAUUUCAUUCAAUCAUAGUUUCACUUCAUAGACUUAUGUAACUUUAGAGUUAUUAAAGAACAUUGUUAUAAUUCUCA